AUGCAUAAGGCGCAAGGGGAAAAAGAGGAGGGCAACCCAUGUAAUGAUGCACCCAGCCACCCCGAAGAUUACCCCAGUGAUUGUGAUCCGGACCUGACCAGUUAUCCAGCCGGUUACGCAUGCACUUUCACCUGCCCGACAGGAUACGUCAGGGCGUCAGAAUUAAACGGGUGCGCCUCCUCUCCUUGUGAAAAUGGUGGAACUUGCGAGGACGUCAUAAACGGCUUCACAUGUACCUGUGCUCCUGGCUAUGAUGGAGUUCAUUGUGAAACGGAGGUAGACGAAUGCUCCUCUACUCCGUGUCAAAAUGGUGCAACUUGCGAGGACAAUGUCAACGGCUACACCUGUACUUGUGCUCCUGGCUAUGAUGGAGAUGAUUGUCAAACAGACGUAGACGAAUGCGCCUCUACUCCGUGUCAGAAUGGCGGAAAUUGCGAGGACGAAGUCAACGGCUACACCUGUACUUGUGCUCCUGGAUAUGAAGGAGUUCACUGCGAAACGGACGUAGACGAAUGUGUCUCCAAUCCGUGUCAAAAUGGCGGAACUUGCGAGGAAAUGGUCAACGGCUACACCUGUACUUGUGCUCCCGGCUACGAAGGAGAUGAUUGCCAAACAGACGUAGACGAAUGUGCCUCUACUCCGUGUCAAAAUGGCGGAAUUUGCUGGAACUAUUUCAACGGCUAUACGUGUACUUGUCCUUCUAGCUAUGAAGGAGUUCAUUGUGAAACGGAAAUAAACGAAUGCGCCUCCUCUCCGUGUCAAAAUGGCGGAACUUGUGCGGACGAACUCAACGGCUACACCUGUACUUGUGCUCCUGGAUAUGAUGGAGUUCAUUGUGAAACGGAUGUAGACGAAUGUGCCUCAACUCCAUGUCAAAAUGGUGGAAUUUGCGAGGACGAAGUCAACGGCUACACCUGUACUUGUGCUCCUGGAUAUGAAGGGGACGUAGACGAAUGUGCCUCCAAUCCCUGUCAAAAUGGUGGAACUUGCGAAGACAGAGUGAACGGCUACACUUGUUCUUGUGCUCCUGGCUAUGAUGGAGAUGAUUGUGAAAGCGGCAAGUUUUCCGAUCAUUCCGGCAUUAUGAUGGUUAAAACAGCGUAG